AGGCUUAAAACCUCUUGCUGGCUCCCCCCAUUUGUGACUUUCCUGCGGUGCGGGGCAGGGGCGUGCGUGCAUUCAUGGAAAGGAUUCUCGCUUGCUUGUUUAAAGAUCCAGUCCAAACCAUCUCCCACUAUCCUGGUCGUCUGUUAGGGUGGACUUUGUCUUGAAGGCAUAGGAAGAGAGGGAAAAAGAGGGCAAGGCUACACCGAGAAGGUGCUUUUGGGGAGGGGAGAUGGUCUGCUCUUCUCAAUAUCCCCACCAGCAACCCAACUUUAAUACAUGUAAACAGACUACAGCUGGUGUUAACACCACUCCAGGAGAGCCGUGAACUUUGCUGAACGGGGGCUGACCUGGCUGAGGUUGGAGGCCUCGGAGUGCCGUCAGCAUGAAUCCCAGCCCUGGCAUAUGUCUAGUCCUGCCUUUGCUCAGCCUCACCUCCUUUCUGCUGACCGGAUGUGCCACCGAAAGUCCCCCACAGUUUAUCAAGAGCCCCUUGGACCAGAUUGGGGUCUCAGGAGGGGUGGCGUCCUUCGUGUGCCAAGCAGCCGGAGAACCGAAGCCCCGAGUCACCUGGAACAAGAAGGGGAAGAAGGUGAAUUCGCAGCGAUUCGAGACAAUCGAAUUUGAUGAAGGGGCAGGAGCUGUCUUGAGAAUCCAGCCUCUCCGCACCCCAAGGGAUGAAAACAUUUACGAGUGCGUGGCCCAGAAUUCUCUUGCCGAGAUCACCGUCAGCGCUAAACUCACGGUCCUCAGAGAGGAUCAGUUGCCCCCUGGCUUCCCAAUCAUCGACAUGGGGCCCCAGCUGAAAGUGGUGGAGCGUACGCGGACAGCUACCAUGCUGUGUGCGGCCAGCGGGAACCCCGACCCCGAAAUCACUUGGUUCAAAGACUUCCUGCCCGUUGACCCCAGUGCGAGCAAUGGAAGAAUAAAGCAGCUGCGAUCAGAUACCUUUGAAGGUACUCCGAUCAGAGGUGGUCUGCAGAUCGAGAGCAGCGAGGAGACCGACCAGGGGAAGUACGAGUGUGUGGCCAGCAACAGCGCUGGAGUGCGCUACUCUUCACCUGCUAAUCUAUAUGUGAGAGAGCUUCGAGAAGUUCGCCGUGUGGCUCCCCGAUUUUCCAUCCCACCCUCCAGCCACGAGAUCAUGCCAGGCGGUAACGUGAACAUAACUUGCGUGGCGGUCGGAUCACCUAUGCCAUACGUCAAGUGGAUGCAGGGGGCAGAGGACCUCACCCCAGAGGACGACAUGCCAGUUGGCCGGAAUGUUCUGGAGCUGACUGACGUGAAGGAUUCGGCCAACUACACGUGUGUGGCCAUGUCCAGCCUGGGCGUGAUAGAAGCCGUGGCACAGAUCACCGUGAAAUCACUUCCCAAGCCCCCAGGGACCCCCGUUGUGACAGAGACCACGGCAACAAGCAUCACCAUCACUUGGGACUCAGGGAACCCCGACCCUGUCUCCUAUUACGUGAUCGAAUACAAGUCGAAGAGCCAGGACGGGCCGUACCAGAUCAAGGAGGACAUCACCACCACGCGCUACAGCAUCGGGGGGCUCAGCCCCAACUCUGAGUACGAGAUCUGGGUGUCGGCUGUCAACACGAUUGGGCAGGGCUCCCCAAGCGAGUCCGUGGUCACCCGGACUGGGGAGCAGGCGCCCGCCAGCGCACCCCGCAACGUCCAGGGCCGGAUGCUGAGCGCCACCACCAUGAUCAUCCAGUGGGAGGAGCCUGUGGAGCCCAACGGGCAGAUCCGGGGCUACCGGGUCUAUUACACCAUGGAGCCGGACCAGCCCGUCAGCAACUGGCAGAAGCACAACGUGGACGACAGCCUCCUGACCACCGUGAGCAGCCUUCUGGAGCACGAGACCUACACCGUGAGAGUGCUGGCCUUCACGUCCGUGGGAGACGGGCCGCUCUCCGACCCCAUCCAAGUAAAGACGCAGCAAGGAGUCCCUGGGCAACCCAUGAACUUCAGGGCCGAAGCCAAGAGCGAGAGCAGCAUUCUCUUGACCUGGAGUCCGCCUCGGCAGGACAUCAUCCAGAAGUACGAGCUCCUUUACAAAGAGGUCUCCGGCAAGCAAGGGAACCCUGAGUUUUUGAAGACCUUCGAUCCCGUGACUUCGUUCACCGUGAGAGACCUGAACCCCAACACAGAGUAUGUCUUCCAGCUGGCCGCUCGCUCGGCUUUGGGUCUCGGGGCCCCAACUCCGGAGGUCAGGGAACGCACGCUGCAGUCUAAGCCAUCAGCCCCCCCUCAAGACGUAAAAUGUGUCAGCACCCGAUCCACGGCCAUUCUGGUAAGUUGGCGGCCACCUCCAGCCGAAAGCCAAAACGGCGUCUUGGAUAGAUAUAGCGUCCGCUAUCGAGCACUGGACUCGGAGGAUUCGGAAGUCAAAGCGGUGGACAACAUUCCCCCGACAACCCACCAGAUCCUGCUGGAGUCGCUGGAGAAGUGGACCGAGUACCGCAUCACGGUGAUGGCACACACGGUGAUGGGGCCAGGCCCCGAAAGCUCGCCCGUCGUCAUCCGCACGGACGAAGAUGUGCCCAGUGCCCCGCCACGCAAGGUGGAAGUGGAGGUUCUGAAUUCGACUGCCAUCCAAGUGUUCUGGCGCUCGCCAGUCCAGAACCGCCAGCACGGGCAGAUACGGGGCUACCAGGUCCACUAUGUGCGUAUGGAGAAUGGAGAGGCCAACGGUGUGCCCCAGAUCAAGGACGUGAUGCUGGCCGACACUCAGGAAAUGAUCAUUGCUGGCUUGCAGCCAGAGACUGCCUACUCGAUCACAGUGGCCGCCUACACAAUGAAAGGGGACGGCGCCCGAAGCAAGCCCAAGCUGGUCGUGACGAAGGGGGCAGUCCCUGGAAAGCCAAUCCUGUCUGUCCACCCAACCCAAGAAAAUGCCCUCCUCGUCAAAUGGGAACCUCCGAUGGACGCCGAAGGCCAGGUCCUGGGUUACCGACUGCAGUUCGGCCGCCAAGACAUCGCCCCCUUGUCCACGCUGGAAUUCACGGCCCAGGAGGAUAAGUACGUCGCCACCAGCAUUCACCGGGGCGCCACGUAUGUCUUCAAGCUGGCUGUGAAGAGCCGGGCCGGCUUCGGCGAGGAAGCUGUGCAGGAAAUCGCCAUCCCGGAAGACGUGCCCAAGGGUUACCCCCAAAUCCUGGAGGCAAGCAACAUCACCUCCAGGUCGAUGCAGUUCAACUGGCUGCCCCCUGUCCUGGCCGAGCGGAACGGGAUGAUCGUCAAGUACACCGUCGCCUACCGGGAGGCAGCUUCUUCCGGGGCCCCGCAAGAGAAAGAGCUUUCCCCAUCUCCCGAGAACUCCUACACACUGAACGGUCUGAAACCCAACACCGCCUACGAUGUUAAAAUCCGCGCCCACACCAGAAAAGGUCCCGGGCCUUACAGCCCAACCGUGCAAUACAAGACAUUCCUUCUGGACCAAGUUUUCCCCAAAAACUUCAAAGUGAAGAUGGUCACCAAAACUUCGGUUCUGCUAGGCUGGGAGUUCCCUGAGAACUACAACUCUCCCGUUUCGUACAAGAUCCAGCAUGAGAACACCGGCCAGGAGAUUGAGGUGGAUGGGCGGACAACCAAGAAGCUCAUCACCCACCUGAAGCCCCAGACGUUGUACACCUUCUCCCUGACCGGCCGGAAGAGCGACAAGGGAGACCUGCAGCAGAAGGUGGAGGUCUUGACCGCAGCCAACGUCCUGAGCAGGAAGCCGGAGCUGUCCUACCGGCACGACAUCGACGGCAGCGUGGUGGUGAACCUGCCGGAGGUGAAGGGCUCGGAGGCCAUGGCACAGGCCUAUUAUAUUGUGGUUGUCCCUCUGAAGAAGUCCAGAAGUGGCCAGUUCCAGAACCCGUACAGCAGCCCUGAGGAAAUGGACUUGGAAGAGCUGAUUCAGGAGAUCUCCAGACUGCAGCGCCGUAGCCUCCGCCACUCCCGCCAGCUGGACCCGCGCAAGCCGUACAUCGCAGCCCGCUUCCAUUCCUUGCCCUCCUCCUUCGUCCUGGGGGACAUGAAGCGCUACGAGGGGCUUGAGAACAGAGCCCUGGAGGCCGGGCAGAAAUACGUCAUGUUCGUCCUGGCUGUGCUGCACGCCAGCGAGGCUGUGUACGCGGCCAGCCCCUUCUCCGAUCCCAUCCAGGUGGACAACGCAGACCCCCAGCCGAAGAUCGAAGGCGAGGAGGGGCUCAUCUGGGUGAUCGGGCCCGUCCUGGCGGUGGUGUUCAUCAUCUGCAUUGUCAUCGCAAUCCUCCUGUACAAAAACAAGCCUGACAGCAAACGGAAGGAUUCCGAGCCCCGGAUUAAGUGCAUAAUGAACAAUGCUGAGAUCACGCCCCAUCACCCCAAGGACCCCGUGGAGAUGCGGCGCAUCAACUUCCAGACCCCAGAUUCUGGUCUCAGCAGCCCUCUCAGUGACCCUGAGUUUGACCUGGAAACUAUGCUGAACCACCCACCAAUCCCCAUAUCGGAACUGGCGGACCACACGGACCACCUCAAAGCCAACGACAAUCUGAAGCUUUCUCAGGAAUAUGAGUCCAUCGAUCCUGGCCAGCAGUUCACCUGGGAGCACUCCAACCUCGAGGUCAACAAGCCAAAGAACCGCUACGCCAACGUCAUCGCCUACGACCACUCCCGGGUCAUUCUGCUGCCCAUCGAAGGGAUCGUGGGGGGCGACUACAUCAACGCCAACUACAUCGACGGGUACCGGAAGCAGAACGCCUACAUCGCCACGCAGGGGCCGCUGCCAGAGACCUUCGGGGACUUCUGGAGGAUGGUGUGGGAGCAGCGCUCGGCCACCGUGGUGAUGAUGACCAAGCUGGAGGAGAAAUCCCGGAUCAAGUGCGACCAGUACUGGCCGGGCCGCGGCACGGAAACGUAUGGGAUGAUCCAAGUCACUUUGCUGGAUACCAUUGAGCUGGCCACUUUCUGCGUCCGCACCUUCUCCCUCCACAAGAACGGCUCCAGCGAGAAACGCGAGGUCCGCCAGUUCCAGUUCACAGCCUGGCCGGAUCAUGGGGUCCCUGAGUAUCCAACUCCGUUCCUGGCCUUCCUCCGGAGAGUGAAAACCUGCAACCCCCCGGAUGCGGGGCCCAUUGUGGUGCACUGCAGUGCUGGAGUGGGCAGGACUGGCUGCUUCAUUGUGAUCGACGCCAUGCUGGAGCGGAUAAAGCAUGAAAAGACGGUGGAUGUUUACGGACACGUCACGCUUAUGCGGGCGCAGCGGAAUUACAUGGUGCAGACGGAGGACCAGUACAGCUUCAUCCACGACUCCCUGCUGGAAGCCGUCGCCUGUGGAAACACGGAGGUCCCAGCCCGCAAUCUCUACACCUACAUCCAGAAGCUCGCCCAGAUAGAAGCCGGGGAGCACGUGACAGGCAUGGAGCUGGAAUUCAAGCGCCUCGCCAACUCCAAAGCUCACACCUCCCGGUUCAUUAGCGCCAACCUGCCGUGCAACAAAUUCAAGAACCGCCUUGUCAACAUCAUGCCAUACGAGACCACACGGGUUUGCCUUCAGCCGAUCCGAGGCGUCGAGGGCUCCGAUUACAUCAAUGCCAGCUUCAUCGAUGGGUACAGGCAGCAGCGGGCGUACAUCGCCACCCAGGGGCCGCUGGCCGAGACCACGGAGGACUUCUGGCGCAUGCUGUGGGAGAACAACUCGACCAUCGUGGUGAUGCUGACCAAACUGCGAGAGAUGGGCCGGGAAAAGUGCCAUCAGUACUGGCCGGCCGAGCGGUCCGCACGGUACCAGUACUUCGUGGUGGACCCCAUGGCCGAAUACAACAUGCCCCAGUACAUCCUCCGCGAGUUCAAGGUCACCGAUGCCAGGGAUGGCCAGUCACGGACCGUCCGUCAGUUCCAGUUCACUGACUGGCCAGAGCAGGGGGUGCCAAAGUCCGGUGAAGGGUUCAUCGAUUUCAUCGGGCAGGUGCACAAAACCAAGGAACAGUUUGGGCAAGAUGGGCCGAUUUCUGUCCACUGCAGCGCUGGGGUGGGCCGGACCGGCGUCUUCAUCACGCUGAGCAUCGUGCUGGAGAGGAUGCGCUACGAGGGCGUGGUGGACAUCUUCCAGACGGUGAAGAUGCUGCGAACACAAAGGCCUGCCAUGGUGCAGACUGAGGAUGAAUAUCAGUUCUGCUAUCAAGCAGCACUCGAGUACCUGGGGAGCUUUGAUCACUAUGCAACAUAAAAAGAAGAAAUCCAACUCAAAACAGAAAAAGCCAUCCGUCGUACAGACUCUUACCAGUUAAAAGUCACGGAAGGCCGCUUUCGAGCUCAAAGAGGCGUGCAUUGAUCUUUUACAAACUACAGACUGAAUCAGAACAAUACCUCCCCCACCCCUCCCCUGCCCCCACCGUGCCCUCCAAGCCCCACCACCUUGGCCCCCUCCCGCCAUGUUUGUUAAACCCAGACUGCGGCGCAUCCCCAGGUGGCUGGAAAGGGGAAUUGCAGUUCUUGUAUUUUCUUUCUAAGUGGCAGACCUUGCUCUUACCUCAUUUGGUGUUUGCGGUGUGGGCGAUGCAGGGCGAUCCAAACGCUUCAUGAAACUACAUGAAGGACACACGCAUUGCCCCCCCACCCCACCCCCGUGCCCCAUGGAGAACAGCAGCCCGUUGGAAGCAAAGGACUGGAAGGAGGAGCAUGACUGCAAGGAGGAAGGAAAUCCAGAAGACCUUGGCCGUGCCGAUAGCGUGUUAGGAUUCAGCUCACACACUAAUCUCAACUGAGGAGCCUUUAGGGAAGCCACUUAAAGGGUUGCUUAAUUGGGGAAGGCAAAACACACACAAUUGUCCACAAACGCUGCUUGAAGAGCAAAGUCUCUGAUUUUGACGUGUAGGGACUCUAGCAGCUCACCUCUCGAACACUUGGAACAUUCCUCAUGUCUUAUGAUUCCAAAAUUUUUAUGUCAAACCGAAAGAAUCAUGCAAUAAUGCAAGCAAGGAGAAGAUUUCCCCACUCCCUUUCCCCGCACCGCAUGCCUACCCACAAGUGCCCCAAGUCUUGGUAAUCUGCACUCCAGUUUCACACUGCUUUUUCUCUCCAUUCUGCAAGAAGGGGAGGGUACAAAGUGCAUUUCAAAUUUUUAAAAAUUAAAAUUCUCCAGCCUACAUUUCUGAUGCCAUGAGCAAAUCAAAAUGGAGCUUCUGUUGCAGCCCCGUAUUUUUGUGGGUAGCUCAGCCCCCUCCCCUGAUGCCAAAGAGAAAGACGGCAAUUUAAAGGGCCCUGCUUUCUGGAAGAAAGGAAGGGUUUGUAGUGGUGAAGUCACAGGUGCAGUGCUGAGGUGCCAAGGCAAAGAUGCCCCAUGUGCCACUGUCUCUGGAAACAGGCAUUUUCCUUCAGUGACGCAAGCAGGACAGGAAGACCAAAUUGGGGCUGAUUUGGGGGUUGGGAGUCAGGCAACUUACCCAUGAGUGGCUUUCUUUAAAAGGUAUUGAUGUAAUUCUAGCAAAGUGACAUUAAUUUUUAUUAUUUUAUUUUAUUUUUGGGUUUCUCUCUCUUUUUUUUAAUAGUGUAUUUUUUCCUUUUUAAGAAAAAUAUGUAAAAAAUACAAAAGAAAAUCAGUCAAUGAAUUUACAAAAAAACUUAUUUGUUCAUAUUAUGUUCAAAGACAGUCUAUUUUUUCACUGUAGAAAUGUUAUGUGUAAUGGCUGUGUGACAUAAGAGAAAUGCCGUGCAAAAUAUUGCUACUUUUACAUAUUGCUUUUCUACCAUUUAAAAAAAUAGUAAGAAAGACGUUUAACCUGCUCGUAUAUGAACAAAAAAUUGCUGCUUAAGUUUCCUUAUUUUCUCCCUUCCAGAAGGCAUUUAGGGAGGCUGGGCACAGGCUCAGGGGAGGAUGGACGGCUGGUCAGUGGGCCCUUCCUCGGCCUGCAGUCCUUGCUCUUUCUAGCAAACAGGUACUGGAUAGGGAACAAGUCCAAACACCCUCCUGCCUUGGGGGAAAUUCUGGACCGAGGGAGUUCAAAGACAGAGGUGGCCUCAAUCCAGAGAACACACCGAACAUUUCUCCAAUGUUCCAGAAAGGUAUUGGAUACAGCCAGAAAUACACCCCCUCCCAGCUUUUGAGAGACCUCCUGUUUUGCUGCCUCUGGCAGAAUUUGGACACCUUUCUAGGGUCUGCAUCAUGCAGUUUCAGCCUUAAGAUGGUGGGUGACUCUGGGCCAGUCACUCGCUCUCAGCCUAACCUACCUCGUAAGGUUGUUGUGAGGCUAAAAUGUGACACCCCCACCCCCGGCCCACCAGCUUUUCAGAGGAAGGGGGCUGUGAAUGUUUCACUGGUGGCUAAGUGGCAUUUCUCUCCCCUUCACCACCGUGCUGAACCCCUUUAAAACUUCAUUUUUCCACUUGAAACCAUGUUCUCUGGAUUAAGGCAACAGAACCUUGGAACAACAUUUUUAAGUGGAUUUAUCCCCACCAGCAGCAAUAGUUAAAUAUAUAUUUUUAAAAGGUACUGAACCAAACCAAGGGAUCCCCCCCCCCUCAAAAAAUAAGGUACAUCCCAAUCUAAAUAAUAAUAUUGAUAUGUCUGGGCUCGGUUCAUCCCACUCCUCAGUUCUGAGGGUUCACGCGUGACGGCACAAUGGUGCUGGUGGGGUACGAUGGUGCUGGUCGGGACAGAAUGCGGCCCGCCCGGGGGUGACCCAGGAGGCUCCGACAGCAACUUCUGGGCUUGGUUGUGACUGGUUGUUGGUUUCUUUGUUUUUUUAAAGGUUCUUUGAGAUUUCUCUUCCCACGUGUUGCCUAAGCUUUCGUUAAGUACGCAGAAAAGAAAAACCGAACCACGGCAGGGUUUGGGAGGAGGAGGAGGAGCGGUGGAGGCAACCGGGAGUGCCAACCCCCUGCCCUGGGCUUUCUUUUUAAAUUUCUCCCCUCCCUUUCUUUGUACAAAAGCGAAGCCCUGUUGUUAUGACACUGUUAUUUCAAAAUGAACCGUUUCCGUGGCUUCCGUGCCACUCUGUAUGUAGAUAUAUAUAUUGACUUUGUAUUAAAGGAAGAUUGUCUGAAAAAA